AUGCGCUGUGCAAUUUCUGGAGAGGAAGCUACCGAGCCCGUGAUAUCCUCGAAAAGUGGACAUAUUUUUGAAAAGAAAUUGGUGGUCAAUUACAUAUCUACAAGUGGUAGAGAUCCUAUUAAUGACGAACCAUUAACUGUUGAUGACUUGAUUCCUAUUAACAGUGAACUCUCUUCAAUAACACCAGCAAAGCCUCCCACCUUCAAUUCAAUUCCAAGUUUGUUAUCGACAUUCCAAAAUGAGUGGGAUUCAUUGGCUCUAGAAGUCUUCACCUUGCGUAAACAGUUGUUUAAAGCGAGAGAGGAGCUCAGUGCUGCACUAUAUCACCAUGAUGCUGCUGUUAGAGUAGCAGCAAAAGCUAUCAAGGAAAGAGAUGAGGCUAAGCAGUCUUUGCAAGAUUUAUCUGUUGCAAUUGGUAAAUCAGAACCUUUGCCAACAAAUAAUGAAACUACUUCAAACGAAACAGAAACUACCAUUCCAUAUGCCGAAGAGCUCGAACAAGCUCGUGAGCAAUUAUUCCAAAUCCAUAAAUCCCAGAAACCUUCAUUACCACUCACCCCCGAUCAAGAGAUAUCUAUAGAAUUUAGUGGUAAACAUUUCCAACCAUUCAAGAGUAUCCAAAAAGUUCACAUCGACUUGGAAUCAAAAACAAUUCUCAUGGCAUCAGAUACAAAUAGAAUAUCUAUUUGUAACUUUGAAGAUCCUUCAAACCCCCAAGAAUCCAAACUUGACUGGAAGAAAAAAGGCAUACAUUCUUUAGGAUUGAUCAAACUUAAUGGUAAGCCUACUCCGGUUAUAGGCCAUAUGCAUCAACUUAUCACUGACAGCAACGAAAUAAUCCAAGAAGUCAGAUCAGACAGUUCCAUCAGCAAAAUAGUAACUCAUCCAAAAUUAUCUGAAUAUUUCAUUACCACUGAAGCAAAAGGUAAAUGGUUCUUAAAUAAAGAAAAUCAAAAUGUGUUUCAAUCACCUAACGACUUGGAAAAUACCAGUAGCAGCUUACAUGUGGAUGGUAUUUUACUUGCUGUUGCCAGUCCGGAUGGAAUCCGUUUAUUCAACAUUAUCGAUGGUAGCGAAAAUCUCAAACUCGACUACCCGAAUGCUUCUAAUAUAAAGUUCGCAAUGAAUGGUUACUGGCUUUUAGCAUCUUCCGGAAAUUCUUUAGAUGUAUUCGAUUUGAGAAAGGAUCAAAUAGCUCAUUCAAUAGUGCUUGAUCAUAAAAUUGUUGAUUUUGCCAUUGAUCCAUCUUCUUCGGUAAUUAUUACUUACGAUGACUCUCACACAUUAUUUUUGCAUCGCUAUAUUAAGAAAGGUAAACAAUGGGUAGAUAAAGUUUUCGAAAAACAUGUUACUGAAGUCAAAAAACCUUUGAAGACUAUCGAUUCUUGGUCUGCUGCUGAAGAUCAAAGCUUUAAAGAUGACGGAAUUGUCACUUUCAAAGCUGUAGCUGAAAAUUCCUUAAUAUUAGACUUUCAACUCAAAUAUAAUUAG